AUGUCAGUUGACAAAUUUGCUCAAAUUGAUGACAGGAUGCAUGAUGUAGAUCCUGGUGCCAUUCACAUCAUGCAAAUGGUAUUGGGUUCGAAAUCGCCUCGAUUCCAAAUGACUUUUCUCAAAAGCCUCUUCACCACUCACUUUCAGGAGGAAAGUGCAAAGCCCAUACACCUUCAUCUCCUCACUGAUAAGGCAACCCAAUUUAUUCUGGAUGGAAUUAUCCAAAGUUGGCGUGUUGACAAACUUAGAACUACUUUCUAUGCUGCAGAACCUAUUCAAAGUAAAAUUACAUGGAUGUUAAGUCAUCAUUCCGCUACAAAGGUGGCAACAAUGAAAAUGUACUUACCAGAAAUCUUGAACUCAACAGUGCCAAAGGUACUGCUUCUUGAUACCGAUACUGUCUUCCUUGACGACGUUGUGAAACUGUGGGAUCAUUUUGAAAACUUUGACAAAUAUCAGUUUCUUGGAAUGGCGUUAGAACAGGCUCCAAUGUACUUCAACUUCAAGAAAAUUAGAGGUCGGAGAGUUGAUCAUGGAUACAACGCUGGAAUUAUGCUCUGGGACCUACGAAAGCUAACUCAACAGAAAUGGGAGUCAAUAUGGAAGCCAACUUUCCAUAGAGCUUUUAAGAUAUCGCCUUAUUUUGGGGCAGCAGAACAGACAUUGCUUAAUGCGGUAAUUGUGGACAAUCCAGCAAUUUUCUACCCUAUACCAUGCACUUGGAAUGUGCAGAUGUUCGAAUUAGGAACCCCAAAAUUAUGCAAAUCCACUUGGAAUAGUCCAGCGGGUAAGGAUAUUCCACAACCCCAAUUACUACAUGCUGACAAAUGGAAUAAAUUGGAACAUGAAUUCAAACUUAGUGGUCCUAAUGGAGAAAGUAUGUAUUUAAUCAAAUAUCUGAAAUUUGUUCUCUCAGACGCAGAUAUUACAACACGAUACAUAAAUAUUCGCAGUCUAUUUCACAUGAGGAAUGGUUAUGAGUUUCGAAAGAAAUUGCCCAGCAUGAAGGCCUUUGACAUUCGGAAUGUCAUGGCAAAACUGCAUCCAGGUGGCAGGGUUCUAACACCAAAUACCCUAUGUCGAACAAAAUUGAGUGAAUUCGAAGUGUGGUGUGGAAUUAAUGAUGAAUUUAGUUUCACAAUUGAACAUCGAAUCCACCCACUUUACAUCAGCGGCGAAUAUAAGAAGAUAACGCAAGACGAAAGUGGAGUUACUCUUGCAAUUGGAGCAGGUUUUGCUCAAUUUAGCAAAAUUGAAGAAAUUGCAAAGCAGUGGAAUGGUCCAAUCAGCUUGGCGAUUGAAGCGACGGACUUGGAAGCCCACAAACUGCUUUCGAAAGUCGAGAACUCGCAUAUUUUACGUAGACGCAAAAAUAUCUUCUACCAUAUUGUCUUUCAACAUCCUGUAAGUACUUCACAUCUAUAUAUUCUUUGCAAUUUACUCAAGAUUGAUCUUAAAUAA